AUGCCUCUACCAACAUCCGGGUCGAUACCCCUUAUUCCGCCCACCUCUGAACAUCCCCCUCAUCCGGCAUACCUCAUCAAAUUCCCAGAGGAAGUAUGGCAGACUCUUCAGGAAGCAGGAAGCGGGGGACUAGAAGUGAUCGUGACAGAAGAUGGAAAGAUGAUUCUCAGCAUCCCAAACUUACCUCCUAUACCUCUCGACCCCCGAUCAACCGGUAUCCCCUCCGAGCUGCAUUCCUACAACCCCUCUUCGUCCACCCUCUCACUCGCCGCAAUGGCUUCGACACGAUUGAACGUCCCUCUAACAUCAGCUUCGACGGCCAGAGCAGCAGAUAAACUGAAAGCGCAGAACGAAGCGAUCGAGAGAGAAAGGAAAGAACGUGCAAUCAGAGUAGAGGGGUCUGCACCCCCGUCGAAAAAGAGAACUGCCGCUGGUGUAGCUGCUGCUGCACCUGGUGUGAGCUCGGCAGGAAUGGGAAGAACAAAUAGUUCACCUCAGAUGGGUAGUUCCACCUCGGCACCUACACAGGGAGCGAGUACGACUGGAACUGGAACUGGAACCGGACAGAUGAUACCUCUCAAAACUCGAGUUAUGCAAUUACUCGCUUUGGGACCUACGACCGUACAAGAUAUAGUAAGGAGAGUAGGAGGCGAUGAGCAGAAUGUGAUGAGAGUUGUUAAUGUCGUCGGCAGAGCCUCUUCUACCCAUCCUCCAACAUAUACACUCUUGCCCAACCAAUAUUCCAAGAUCAAACUUGGUCCUGGACAAUGGAAAUAUACCUAUGCGGAACAACAGCAGGUCAUCCGUCUAGCUAGAGAAGCAUUCGACGAAUUGGAACUACCUUUCGAUGCUGAAGAGAGGGAAGAGCUCGAUAGGAAAGAAGCAGGAUUGGAAAACGGAGGUGGAUAUCAUAGUGCAAGUGCGGAAAGUUCGAACGGUAGUCAAAGUCAAGUGAAAGAAAAACCUUUACCGACUGUACCUCAAAAUGGUCUUAGUAUUGCUCCUCCCAGUAGGAAUGAGUCUCCCGCUCCCUCUGCAAGUGGUACAACAAAUAAGACAAGAUCUACUAGAAAAUCUACGAAUGGAGGUGGAGGAACAGGAGGGACGACCGCGGCCGGACCUCAAAGUAGGAUUGCGAGGGAGAGAGCGAAAUUCAUGGCUGAGAAGCAGAGGUCGACAAGUUUAACUAAUACCAAACCUCCCGAUGGGACCGCCAGUCCAGGUUUGACCCCGGCGGAUGUCAAACCUGCCAAAGAUAAUAACAAGACCAAAAUUGAAGAUAAGAAAGAAGAGAAAGAGAAAGUACAUGGUUCAAGCAAGAAUAAAGGGAAAGGGAAAGAAGUUGAUUACUCAUCUUCUAGUGAGGAAGAUGAUUUUGAAGAGCCAUUGAGAGGUAGACUAGCCGCGAAAAGUAAUGGGAAAGAGAAAGAAAGGAGAGAUGGGUUGCAUGAUCAAGGAAAGUCAAAAGACAGAUUAUCGUUAGCUGAAAAAGUACGAGAGAAAGAUAAAGCUCGGGAAAGAGAAAGGGAGAAAGAGAGACAGGAACAGAAAGAAAGGUUGACGCCCAAUCAUAAGAAGAGAAGUUACUCUUCCUCGCCCGACGCUGGUGGGGAAGAGGAAGAAGAAGGCGAAAUAAGAGGUAGACCUAUAAUCAAGACUCGAAGGAAUUCAUCCCCUACAUCGAAACGUAAAUCUCCGCCACCGGAAUUGAAACUCAACGGAGCGAAUACCGAUACCAGCACGAAAUCAGGUCCGAGUAGAUCGACAGCUGUUUCGAAAGAUAAUCAUCCUGUAUCUGCACCUUUACCCAAUACCAACAAGAAGACGAAUGGUAUAAAUCAACUAGAUAGACCAGAUCAAGAAGCGCUCAGAGAUAGGUACGAGGAACUGUAUCCUGCCUACCAGCAAUUGACGAAAAAAUUAAGUAGGAUACAUCAAGCUGCUGAAUCGGGUAUGAAAGUGAAUAAUGAGAAUGAGGACGAUAAUGGAAUCACGGAUGAGAAUGAGUUGAAUAAGUUGGUUGGGAAAUGGCAAAAAUGGCAUAAUGAGUUGGAAGGUAUAAGAAGAUGGUUUGUCUAG